CAGGGUAAUAGCUCUUUAAAUGGAAUGUGGAUUUGCAUGCCUCUUGGAAGAUUAGGUAAUCUUAUGGGCCAAUAUGCAGUUUUGUAUGCCUUGUCCAAACUAAAUGGCCAUAAGGCUUUCUUGGUUCCAAGAAUGCACAAGAACUUAUCUCCAGUUUUUAACCUGAGCUUACCAGUCCUUGACCAACAGACAGUAAAUAGCACACCUUGGAGAAAUUACAUACUACAUGAUUGGAUGUCUGAUAAAUAUAAGCACAUUAAAGGAGAUUACAUCAGGCUUGUUGGCUACACAACCUCAUGGACAUUUUAUCAUCACAUCAGAAAUGAAAUUCUCCAAGAAUUCACAUUUCAUGACUUUAUUAAUAAGGAGGCCAACUACUUUCUUUGGGAAAUUAGCAAAGGUCGUUCUUCUGUGACUUUUGUUGGUGUCCAUGUUAGAAGAGGAGACUAUGUUUCUAUUAUGGCCAACAUUUGGAAAGGUGUUGUUGGUGACCAAGCUUACUUUCAGAAGGCUAUGGAUUUUUUCAGGAAGAAAUACAGAGAUGCUGUUUUUGUUGUUGCAACUAAUGGCUUUGAUUGGUGCAAGAAAAAUAUUGACACUUCUAAAGGAGAUGUUUACUUCACAGCAGAUGGUAGGAAUACAACUGCAGCACUUGACUUAGCUAUUCUUGCUAAAUGUAAUCACACCAUUAUGUCUGUUGGCACAUUUGGGUAUUGGGCUGCUUAUCUGGCUGGUGGCGAGACAGUUUAUCUUAGUAAUUUCACUCGCUCAGAUUCACGCCUUCUCAGACGUUUUAAGUAUGAAGCUGCUUUUCUCCCAAAAUGGAUUGGAAUUCCUGCUGACAUUUCACCUUUACUCAAAAACUGA